AUAAAGGUUUAUCAUUUGCCCUAGCCAGUUCGUUUGAAUGCUUUGUACGUGCAUGUGCACUCUAUUAAGUUUUCUUUCUAUUUUUUGUGUGUUGAUUAGGCAAAGUUAAAAUGAAUCAGACGAGGGCUCUACGAACUCCAAGUGCUUAUUACGCAAGCAAUUUCAGUUAUAACUACGCUGCUGUUCAAACUAAAGAAAAUGAUUACCAUAAAAUGCAUGGAUCACGACGCGUUGUAAUAUUCUGCCUUCUCACCACAAUUUUGCCUUCAGUACUCAUUAUUAUACCUUUAUACCUGCGGAAUAUUAAGUAUGCCGAUGUUAUGUAUAAGAUAUCGGAUUCCGAUGUUAUACAAAUACAUAAAGGUCAGUCAUCAAUAUUCUGUCAAAAACAUUCCCUGAAGAUGAACUCUACAUUCAAUGCAUUCCAAAUGAAAGGCAGACCAGAAUUAUCUGACAAAAGAAAACAUAUAAGAUUAAAGAAGUCUAUGUUUUUACCAGAUGAUACUUUAGAAUAUUGGGGAUUUUAUUUAUUCAAAGGAGCCACAGUAGAACUAAAAGCUUGCUCUAGAUAUGAUGGCUCCAAAUUACUGGUAGUCAAAGGUGACAAAAUGCUGAACACAUGUGGUAUUCUUGAUGGAGACAAAUAUAAAAGAAACCAACAUUUUGUACAAAAUCAGGCUCAUGUUGUAGCUACAUUGGAAAAUCCUGACAAAAAGACUAAACCCAUUCCUGAUAUAGUACAAAAUCCUAUUGAAGACGAACUUUUUUUUGAAGGAAACGAAAAUGACAUUGAGACAAAAUAUCAAGAUUACUCCAAUAUACUACGACAAAAGAAAAGGUUCAAGAGAAAUACUAAGGUACCACUACACAAUCCAAAUACAGUUUUGGAUGCAGGCGUGAACCAUGGAGGAAAUGCAAUCAAUCUCACCACUAAUGAGGACAACUCUGUUUCCAGCUUUGAAACCAGUUUAUAUGAAUGUUACCAUGACAAUAUGCUCCUAAAUCGUUUAUUCCCAUAUUCUAGCCAGUGCAAUAGCACAGACUACUUGAAAAACACCACUACACUCAAAGUCGUCCACAAUAUCAGUGAUGAUGGAUAUUAUUAUUAUAUAUUUUAUAGCGAUAAUGAUUUAGUAAGUAACGAUAUUCAUGUCAUAUUUGAUAUUUAUAAGCCAACAUUCCAAUAUGUGAACAUGUCAGCUUCCAAAAUAUGUCUCAAUAAAACAGAAUGUGAAUUCGAUGUAGGAUUUCUCAGUGAUGAAUUAGUUAUAGUGGAAAUGCCUACUAGUGAUGGUUUGAGAAAUGAUGAUGAUGCUUCCAUUCUUGUAUCGGUUUGUCAUCCGAGGGUGUCUAUUUAUGUAAUUUUUCCCGUAGUUGUACUUUUAUUGAUAUUUCUAUUUGCAUUUUUAUGAUACUUGGUGAAAGUAACAUUGUAUUAUAUUCUUAUCAAAGUUAAUGUUAACAGAAAUGUGAUAUUAAUUUAUUAAGAAAUUAUAUCACUUUAUGGAAGUACAUAAGUAAUCAAUACGUAAAGAGCAUUAUUAAUGUUGUCUUGUGUCAAGUAGUAAAGAUAGUACAUUGAGCUUUUAUACGUAUUAAUCUGAUGUUGUUAUUCCACUGACGAUGUUCAUAAUUUACUGUGAUAACCUGAUUAAAGGUUUAGUCAUUUAUUUGCUGUACAAACUUGGUACAUAUAAAACUUGGUAUAUAUAGAUUUAGUAAUGACUUAUGAUUAUGAGAAAUUGUUACCUCUGCUAAGUAAAUUUAUAACCAAAACUAAGUUCAAAUAUAAUAAAGCAAUAUUAAAAACUACUGUUUAUGACCAAAAUUAUUCUUUCGAAAGUUUAUUCAUGAAACACAAAAACACCAUCACUACAUUUCCCUAUUGUAUUCCCAAACUAAAAAGGAAUAAAUAUGUACAUACAUACUACUUUGCAAUACACUGUAGUUAAUGACUAAUACGAUCUAAGAGCUUAAUAAAAAACAGCUCUGUAUUCUCUUUAAAUGGCUCCAGGGAAAUGAA